AGUUGGCCGCUCGCGCUCAAAGUCCGCUCUGCCGCCUCUCGGCACGCCGCGGCCCCGUUCGAACCGCCGGAUGGCGGCGCCGAUCGACGUCGACGUCGUGGACCUGUCGGACGAGGAGGAGGGGCCGCCGAAACCCCCAGCGCCGCCCACCGCACAGGCGCUGAGGUCGGCGGUGAUCGCGGAGCUCGAGGGCCGAGACUUGGCGAGCGUCUCCCUGAAGACGCUCCGGCGCAGCCUCGAGGCACGGUUCGGCCUGGUCGUGGGCGCCUUCGACGCCCGGCGAGACGAGAUCAAGGCGACGGCACAGGAGACUGUUGGUGGACGCGGCCGCCCAGGGGCCGCAGGCUCGCGAGAACGACACGGUGGUUGAGGCUACCAGCCAGCCGCUGGCCAAGCGCCGCAAGACGUCUCUGCUGGUCGCAGGCGCGCCGCCACCCGCGGACGCGGCGGCGGUUCCGUCUGCCGGCGCGGCCGGGCCCGACGCGAAGCAGAAGCGAAAGGCCGCGCCAUCGGCCUACGCGCUGUGGACGGGCCGACCGCGGCGCCGGAACCGUGCCCGCGUCUCGGCCGAGCUCGCCGCGGCCUCGGGGGCGAAGCCGGGCUUCGGCGACCUGGCGAGGGCGCUCGCCGAGCGCUGGAAGGCGGCCCGAGAGCAGCGCGAAGGGUCGAGACAUCUGGAGCGGCGAAGAGAUCGAUCGAG